AUGGACGCAGAGAGAGAAGCCCUGCAGAGUGCUGCCUACCCUGAAGUGCAAAGCUUCUGUCAGAAGCACGGCCUGAUGUUUGAGGUUGUGGAUCUGAGGUGGGGUAUUCGAAACACUGAAGCCACUAAUCACAUGACCCCAGAACUCUGCUUGGAAGAGCUGGAUCGGUGUCAGAAAACAUCACUAGGGCCAACUUUUGUUGCACUUCUAGGUGACCAGUAUGGUCCCUGUCCAGUCCCCACACUGAUCGAGGAGAAGGAGUGGGAGGCACUGAGAGCCCAGUUGACCACCAGGCCAGGAGACCUGGAGCUAGUGGCUCGACGCUUCCGCAGGGACGAGAAUUCUGUGCCCCCCACCUACCUGCUGCAGGCAUCAGGCUCAGGGGAGGCUCGAGGACCUGAGGAGGCCACCCUGACGUCCGUGCUGCGCUCGGGAGCCCAGGAGGCCCGGAGGCUGGGCCUCAUCACUCAGGAGCAGUGGUAUCGCUACCACCGGUCAGUCAUAGAGUGGGAAAUAGAGCAGGGCCUGCUGAGCCCUGUGGACGGGGACCAGGGAGCCACUGUCUUCCUGAGAGAGAUUCAGGACCUCAACAAACACAUUCUGGAUGACUGUGCCCUCAAGAUGGUGGACCGGCUGGCAGAUGGUUGCCUGGACACAGAUGCCCAGAACCUUCUCAGCGGCCUCAAGGGGCGCAUUGCUGAUACACAGCCUGGAGUCCUUAAGGCCCACCACCUGCAUUGGAGCCGAGACCUGGUGAACCCCAAAAACAAGGCUCAUGCCCGCUACUUAAAAGAACUGGGUGAGCAGUUUGUGGCCAGGGCCAACCACCAGAUCCUGGAGCGUCUGCGGGAGCAGGAAGGGAACAGGCAAGAGCUGGUCUGGCUGUACCAAGAGAUCCACCACCAUCUAGCGCUGAGCACCGAAGCCACUCGGACCUUCUGCGGUCGCCAGGACCUCUUGGCUCAGCUUGGGCAGUGGCUGCGGCAGAACAACAGUGACCACCACACACCCUUGGUGCUCUGGGGGCCCCCUGGCAUUGGAAAAACUGCUCUGAUGUGCAAACUGGCCGAGCAAAUGCCAGGGCUGCUCGGCCGCAAGACGGUGACUGUCCUCCGACUUCUGGGGACAUCACAGAUGAGCUCAGACGCCCGCGGCCUGCUGCAGAGCAUCUGCUUCCAGGUGUGCCUGGCCUAUGGGCUGCCCCUGCCCCCUGCCCAGGUCCUGGAGGCCCACGCCAGGGUGGUCCAGUUUUUUCAUACCCUUCUCUACACAGUCUCCUGCCGAAACUUCGAGUCCCUGGUGAUCCUGCUGGAUUCUGUGGAUGCUGUAGACUCCAUGCACCAGGCACGGAGGAUCCCCUGGCUGCCUCCCAGGUGCCCCCCUCGGGUCCACCUCAUCCUCUCGGCCUGCUCUGGACAGCAGCGGAGCGUCCUAGACAUCAUGCGGCACACACUCACUGACCCAGGGGCCUACUGGGAGGUGAAACCCCUCUCUGGGAACCAAGGACAACAGAUGAUCCAGCUGCUGCUCUCAGCCUCAAGGCGGACCUUGAGCCAGGUGCAGAGGGACCUGCUGUGGGCCAGCCUCCCAGAGUGUGGGCACCCAGGGCGGCUGAGGCUGGCAUUUGAGGAGGCUCGGAAAUGGGCUUCCUUCACUGUGCCUGCCCCCCUGGCCUCUACUGCGCAGGAGGCCAUACACCAGCUGUGCACCCGCCUGGAGCAGACGCAUGGGCAGCUCCUGGUGGCUGGAGUGCUGGGCUAUAUCGUGUCUUCCCGGCACGGGCUCUCCGAGGCAGAGCUGAAGGAUGUCCUGUCUCUGGACGAUGAGAUCCUGCAGGCUGUGUACCAGGACUGGACCCCGCCCAGCAAGGAGCUACUGCGCUUCCCACCCCUGCUGUGGGUGCGGCUUCGUCGAGACCUGGGAAACUGCUUAGCCCGGCGUCCUGUGGACGGCUUCACACUCCUGGCUGUCGCCCAAAGACAGUUGGCCGAGGUGGUCGAAGAACGCUACCUGUCAGGUCCUGCAAAAGCCAAAAGACACGGAAUCUUGGCUGACUUCUUCUCUGGAGCCUGGAGCCAGGGCACCAAGAAACUCAUCACCCUGCCACUCGUGGGGAAACCCCUGAACCUGGACCGGAAGGUGGCGCCCCAGCCUCUGUGGUUCUCAGACACCGUGGCAAACCUACGGAAGCUGAAGGAACUGCCCCACCACCUGCUCCACUCCGGCCGCAUCGCAGAGUUGAAGCAGGAGGUUCUGGGGAGUAUGAACUGGAUCUCCUGCCGUGGUGUCUCUGGGGGUAUCGAGAGUCUGUUGGAUGACUUUGACCUCUGUACCCCUUAUGUGGACUGUCCGGAGGUCGGCCUGGUACGAGAGGCCCUCCAGCUGUGCCGCCCUGCUGUGGAACUCCGAGGCAUGGAGAGAAGCAUCUUGUACACAGAACUCCUGGCCAGGCUCCACUUCUUCACCUCCUCACACCCGGCCCUGGUGGGACAGCUGUGUCAGCAGGCCCAGAGCUGGUUCCGACUGUGCCCACACCCUGUGCUGGUGCCUCUUGCAGGAUUCCUGCAACCCCCAGGGGGCCCCCUCUGGGCGACCCUCACCGGCUGUCACAAAGGCAUCACCUCCAUGGCAUGGAGCCUGGAGGAGAGGCUGCUGGUGGUUGGUACUCAGGAUGGCAUGGUGGUCGUAUGGGACAUGGAAGAACAGCAGGCGAGCCACAUCCUAACUGGACACACAGGAGAGGUGAGGUGUGUUAAAGUGUUUACCAAAGGGACUCAGGCCAUCUCUGCCUCAAGGGACCACACUUUGCGCUCAUGGGACUUGCUGUCUGGGAAGGAGAAAUUCAUAAUUUGGGAUGGAGGCUCAAAAGAUCCUACUGACCCUCAGCUCUGGAGUCUUCAUGUGGAUGAAGAAAAGAAGGUUGUGUUUUCAGCUUCUGGCUCAAAGAUCAAUGCAUGGAAUCUGGAAACCGCAGAGCUGGUUUUCCGUAUCCUGGGAGACGUUGCUGAUCCCUGGAUGUGCAUGGCAGCCUUGGCUUCCAGGACCAUACUCCUGACAGUGUCUGAGGCUGGUGUGGUCAGUACGUGGAGCGCCACCACAGGAAAGCUGCACGGCAAGCAACAUUUGUCCAGCGUCAAAGAAGAAGCACCUACUUGUGGGGUCUCAAUCCAGAAACAGGGAAAGAUGGUUACUGGAUUCAGCCAGGGCUCCGUAUCUUUGGUUUCCUCUGAAGGAGACAGACUGCUGGAGAAGCUUCCAGAAGCUGUGGGGUUCCUGGUGGUCUCUGAAGAUGACUCCCUUCUUGCUGCAGGCUUUGGAAGAUCUGUGCGGAUAUUCUUGGCAGACUCACAAGGAUUUCAUCGAUUCAUGGCCACUGACCUAGAACAUGAGGACACGGUAGAGACGGCUGUCUUCGGUCCUGACAACAAUCUGAUUGUCACUGGUUCCCGAGAUGCACUCAUUCAGGUGUGGAGUUUGUCGGAGCAGGGGACCCUGCUGGCCAUCCUCGAAGGUGUAGGGGCCCCUGUGAACUUGCUGGUGCAGGGUGGGCCCCUGGUGGCCUCUGCUUCCCAGCAGUCCUCGUCUUUAAAGGUCUGGAAUCUCACCCAUGUGCAACAGUCUGGACCCUCGACCCCGUUUCUAGAUCGCACAGGCCUCACUGCUGUGUCUCACAACGGAAACUAUGUGUACUUCCCCAAAAUUGGAGACAAAAACAAAGUUACCAUUUGGGACUUGGUGGAAGGUGAGGAACAAGAUUCCCUGGACACCUCCAAUGAGGUCAGGUGUUUGGAGGUGGCCGAACAGGCCAAGCUCCUCUUCACUGGCCUUGUUUCAGGGAUCGUCCUGGUGUUUCCACUGAAUUCCAGGCAGGAUGUGAUGUGCAUCCCCCCUCCAGAAGCCCGGAAGGCCGUCAACUGCAUGGCGCUGAGCAAGGGUGAAGAGCGCCUGGUUAUCGCCUAUGACAACAUCGUUCUGGUGCUGGACAUCAGUCCUGGGGACCCCUGUCCAGUCAUUGAUGGGCCAACUUACACCUUCUAUACCCAGCUGCCAGAGACCAUAUCGAGCGUGGCCGUCCUGGCCGACUACCGCGUGGUAUAUGGCAUGACCAAUGGUGAUCUCUUUCUCUAUGAGUGCGUAAAUUCCAAAGUGUUCCCUCUGGAGGCCCACAGGAGCCGAGUCACCUGUGUGGAGGUCAGCCACAAGGAGCAGCUGGCAGUCAGCGGGUCCGAGGAAGCACUGCUUUGCCUCUGGGACCUGCGGGAAUGCAAGUGGCUGUUUGAGAUGAGCUACACGAAUUCCUACUGUAGAGGAGUCCAGUGUGCUUGCUUCUCCAAGGAUGAUAAGUAUGUGUUUGCUGGCUUGAAGGAUCGUUCCAUAAUCGUCUGGAGUGUAUUGGAUGGCACCCUGCUGGCGGUCCAGUUUGUCCAUGCUGUGGUGAAUAGAAUCAUCCCAACUUCCAAUGGCUUCAUUGCCCCCACCCGACAUGGCUAUCUUAUCCGCGAGCGUUUCCAAUGCCCUUCCGCAAGGGUCUCACAGCAGGACCCUCUCAAAAACUUCAAGAAGGCAGUAUGGAUGGUCAAAUCCAGGCAGAAGGAAGAGCUUGCUGCUGGUACAGAAGCUCGCCAGGACUCAGAAUCAGGGAGCAUGCCAGAAAAUGAAUCCAAAUCUAACAAACGCUCUCAAGUCUGCCUGCUGGUGUAG